AGGAAUACAGAGCAGAGCCAUGAAUAUUAUCUUGGAUCUCCUCCUUCUUCUGCUCACCAUCAUCUACUCCUAUUUGGAGGCAUUGGUGAAAAUUUUCAUUCCCCAAAGGAGAAAAUCUGUGGCUGGGGAGACUAUCCUCAUUACAGGAGCUGGGCAUGGAAUAGGCAGGUCGACUGCCUAUGAAUUUGCAAAACGGAAGAGCAGACUGGUUCUGUGGGAUAUUAAUAAGCACAGUGUUGAGGAAACAGCAGCUGAAUGCAGAAAACUGGGGGCCACCGUGCAUGUAUCUGUCGUAGACUGCAGUAACCGAGAAGACAUUUAUAACUCUGUAAAGCAGGUAAAGAAAGAAGUAGGAGAUGUAACCAUCUUGGUGAAUAAUGCUGGGGUAGUAUAUCCAGCUGACCUUCUUAGUACCAAGGAUGAAGAGAUUACCAAAACUUUUGAGGUCAACAUCCUAGGACAUUUCUGGAUCACAAAAGCACUUCUUCCAUCAAUGAUGAAGAGAAAUCAUGGCCACAUCGUCACAGUGGCUUCAGUGUGUGGCCAUGGGGUGAUUCCGUAUCUUAUUCCAUAUUGUUCCAGCAAAUUUGCUGCUGUUGGCUUCCACAGAGCUCUGACAUUAGAACUUGAAGCCUUGGGAAAAACUGGAAUCCAAACCUCGUGUCUCUGCCCAGUUUUUGUGAAUACUGGGUUCACCAAAAACCCAAGCACAAGACUAUGGCCUGUAUUGGAGACAGACGCAGUUGCAAGAAGCUUGGUAGAUGGAAUACUUACCAAUAAGAAAAUGAUUUUUGUUCCAUCAUAUAUCAAUCUACAUCUAAUACUAGGAAGAUUUCUUCCUGAACGUGCCUUGGCAGCUAUAAAUCGUUUACAGAAUAUUCAAUUUGAAGCAGUGAUUGGCCACAAAACCAAAAAGAAAUGAAUAAACGAGCUCCAGCCAGAAAUGCAGCUUAAUGAUGUAAAUCUAAGUUUGGAAUUAAUGCUUCAAAGCUUUAUUUCACAUUUUUCAAUAAUGUUAAUAAUAAAAACAUUGGUUUGACAUUAUCAGCAGUCAAAUGAACAAGACUAAUUACCUGUCUUUCUCAAGAAUAUUAAUGUAGUUUUACUAGUCAGAUCCAUUUUUCAUUCCACACCUCUUAAAAACUUUUAUGCUUACAUAAACAUACUUAAAAGGUAAUUUUUCUUUAAGAGAUUUUAUUUUUUUUUCUUUCUGCUUACGGGGGAACAAAGCUACCUCUCCAAAAGUAAACACAAAGAGAACUUAUUUACACAGGGAAGUUUGAAGACCUUAUCAACAUGCACACAGUGUGAGAUAGCAGUUAGAAACAAAUUUAAGCAGGCGACUGUGCUCCGAAGGACAGAGAGGUUAUUUCUAUGAAAUUCAACAUUUGGAAUCUUUCUCUAGCUUCUCCCUUUUUCAUCAGCCCAAAACAGUGCAACGGUAUUCUAUGGUUUCUUGUUUGAUUCUGUCCUUUAUAUAGGUCUUAUAUAUCCACUAAGAGUGGGCCCUCCAUACUUUCUGUCCUUUUCAUAAGCUCUUAAAAUACUAUGACACUACAAAAGGUGACCCUCUCUUGAAUCUCUGAAUAUCUGAAAUUUUAACCUCAUGAUAUCUCUUUCUUUAUAGUUUAUGCUUUCACAUAUCAUUGGUACCAGAUAUGUUUAGAUAGUUUUGAGCUUCAAAAUGAAAACUAACGCUGGAAAAGGAAUUAGGCUGACUACCUAAUACUAGACGAUGGAUCUGACAGGAGAAAAAGAGUGGUCUCUUUUUUUAAAAGAGAAGAAAUCUGAUUCCCACCACAUCAAGACUAAUCUUGUUUUUAUGUUUUUCUCAUAUG